AUGGACCCCGGCCUCGAGGAGCGGUUGCGCCGAAUGAGCAGAGAAAUGGGUUUCGACCCAUAUAGUGACACGCCAUUUCGCGAUCCGGCGCUUCGUGCUGAGGGUGGCAGCAGUGAUCCGCCUGAUCCGCCACCACCAGACUCGCCGGAUUUCCAUGACGAUGGCAACGAUCACCGGUGUGACUGCGGGUUUUGCGGGCCAAUGCCAACGGCCCUUGAACAAGUGUGCUGCCGCGACAUACAGGAAGUUGUGCGCGAAAGCCCGGACGGCUGCAUCACUACGCACGAGGAGUUCCGAAGCGUGUGCCUGAGCUCCGCGGUGCUGCGCGCUCUGUAUUGGGAGCUGCAGGAAAACGGCGUCGGGGUUGAAGGAGAAGUGCACAGGAAAUAUCGCUUUCUGGCGUACAGAUUCUUCACUCGGUGGAUUUGGAAGAGGCUGGGGAGACGCAACAGAGUUGUGCUGCCUGCGUGCGUGGUUACGGCCAUCCGGAAGCAGUUUCCAUCAGCCGAAUACGUGGGCUUCCGAUAUCCACCUCUGUAG